GUAUUCGGCCCAUUUGUGGCCGAUAUUAAACGACCUUCAAAACGUUUUGUGUCGAAGCAAUCCGCACCAUGGGCUGCGCACAGAGUGCUGAGGAAAGGGCUGCAGCCGCCAGAAGUCGUUUGAUUGAACGCAAUCUGAAAGAGGAUGGGAUACAGGCAGCAAAGGAUAUUAAACUUUUGUUAUUGGGUGCUGGUGAAUCGGGCAAAAGUACAAUUGUUAAACAAAUGAAAAUUAUCCACGAAAGUGGGUUCACUCCUGAGGAUUUCAAACAGUAUAGACCGGUUGUUUACAGCAACACAAUACAAUCAUUAGUUGCAAUACUUAGAGCAAUGCCAAAUCUUAGUAUUCAGUUUAGUAAUAAUGAAAGAGAGAAUGAUUCCAAAAUGGUAUUCGAUGUGUGUUCACGCAUGCACGACACUGAACCCUUCUCAGAGGAACUUUUAGCUGCCAUGAAACGGCUAUGGCAAGAUGCCGGUGUUCAAGAGUGCUUCUCGCGUAGCAACGAAUAUCAAUUAAACGAUUCAGCUAAAUAGUAAGUAGUCGUAACAUAUUACA